UUCUCUUCGUGCCAGACUUGAUCGUGCUGCCAGCUGUGCGAAUUGCUGUUGUAAUAUCCAGUGGAGGCCAGGCUGGAUACUUCUUGCUGUGCUGGGAACCCAUCAGGGAACUUUGAUGGAAUCACCACAGACUUUUACCUGCCCUUUUUUCCAGAUUUCCCAGGCUUUUGCUUCUUCAAAUGCGAUGACUCAGCAGCUACAGGAUGAAUUUGACAGUAGCGUGGAGAAUGCAGAAGCUUGGAUGAAGGCCAUCCAAGAGAGACUGAGGAUCAAUGACAACACCAAAGGACCUCGAUCUGCCCUAGAAGCCAGACUGAGAGAAACUGAGAAAAUACGUGCACUGGAACCAGAAGGCAGCUUGAAAAUGGACUUGAUUCUUGUGAAGGCUGAUGCUGCUCUUCGCAACAUCAGUGAGGAUAAGAAGCACGAGGUACUAUCUAAACUGAAAAACAUUAAAGCCUUGUGGGAAGAGACAGCCAUAUACAUUACUCAUUGUCACAGCCGUAUUGAGUGGGUCUGGCUGCACUGGAGUGAGUACCUGAAAGCCCAAGAUGAGUUUUACUCAUGGAUUCACAACAUGAGGGUGACCUUGGAGCCUGACAUUGAGUUGCAGCUUGGCUUGAAGGAGAAGCAGUGGCAGCUGAGCCAUGCUCAGGUUCUGCUGAAUGAUGUCUUAAAUCAGUCAGUCCUGCUGGAAAGGCUGCUGGAGGAAGCUGCUUCCUUGUUCAGCAGGAUAGGUGACCCCAGUGUUGAUGAGGAUGCUCAGAAGAAAAUGCGAGUGGAAUAUGAAGGAAUCAGACAAGAAGCUCAGAACCGAGUGAAACUGCUUGAAACGAUAACCAAGGAACAUGAACAGUACAGUGCCAAUGUCAACCAAUUUCAAUCGUGGCUGAAUGGUGUGACAGAAAGAUUAAACUGCUGCAUUGGAGAAGCAACCAAGUCUUCAGCAGAGGACAAGUUAAAGGCACUGAAGGAAAUUGCAAAAAACAUUAGGAGUGGUGGAAAGAAAUGGAAGCACCUUGAAAAUCAGUGUGCAGAAGUGAUUGAGAAUACCUCUCCACUUGGAGCUGUGAGAUUGAAGGAUGAACUUGAAAAGCUAAGGAAAGCCUUGGAGAAGUUGAAACUGCUAAGUAGUGAGGAGGAGGAGAGAUUGCUCAAGAUCCAACAGUCAGAAAGUGCCUAUAAGUACCAAGCCAGACAAUUAGAAGCAGACAUCCAGGAGCUGAGAAAAGAUCUACAGAGACUAGAAAAUGACCUGAACCCUGGGGAAGGGGAAAAGACUGAAGAUGAGCUUGUAACUCUGUGGAGAAAAUGCAAUGCUACAAGAGCAGCUCUGGCUGCAGAAGAGUCGAAGGUUGAGAGGCUGAAGGCUCAGCUUAAGGAACUGCUACGGUUUUCCCAAGAUGUGCAGCCACACGCUGAGAGUGUUGUCUCUGCAAUACAGCAGUAUCAAAGUGUAAAAGGCAAGACUUCUAAAAUGAGCACUGAUACAGAAACCCACCUGAGAAGACUCUUCCAAAAUCCCCUGCAAAAUUUUGAACAGUGGAAGCCAUCGGUCCAGAUGCUCCUGGAGACUCCAGAGCCAGCACUGGCUCACAUUGAGGCUGCUCUAGCUGAAAGCUCCCAGUUCAAAGAGAAGUUCAUGACAUUACAGCUGAAGAAGGAUUUGCUAAACAAUGUCCUUGGUGAGGAAAAAGCAGAGUCUUUCCUUCAAGAAGUAGCUGAAGCUUCAAAGGAGAGAGAAAUUCUACACAAAAGUCUGCUGCAAAGCAAGAACAAACUCCAGAAUUUGAUAUUGCAACACAAGAACUUUGAUGCUGGUUUUGCACUCUUGCAGAAGAAAUUAUCUGCCAUCAAAGCCAAAUUAGAUCUAGAGAAGGAACCACGACCUGACCUCUUGGGUAAAAAGACACAGCUCCAGAGACUCCAGAUGAUCCAAGAUGACUUGGCAGAACUUGCCAUUCAAAUGGAAGAGGUAGAGAAGCUUGUUCAGUCAAAUACCACACACAGGCAUGAAAUGAACCAACUUUCGUCUGACUCUCAGGCCCUGAAAAGAUCACUGGAGAUGAUGAUACAGCAGAGUGAGGACCACGUUCAGAAGCACUGGGCAUAUAAUGACAAACUGUCAGACCUCCAGCAGUGGAUCACAGUAACCACGGAGAAGAUUGAUUCCUACCAGGAUGCUGAUGGAGAGCAGAACAUCGAGGGCAAGGUAGAAGACCUUGAGAGAUGGCUAGCUGAGUUUCCAGAUAAGGAGAUCCAGCUGCACCUUGUGGAAGCUCAUGGCCAGCUGGUCAUGGAGAAUUCUUCUCCAGAGGAAACUGCCCAUGUCCAGGCAGAGCUGGAUCAGCUGAAGGAGUCAUGGAAAUCACUUAAGGAGAUGGCAACUGGUCUUCUUAAAAAGUGGCAGUUAGAUAGACCAGUGGCUGAUAAGAAGAAAAGAGCACUUGUGGACAGCAGAUGGAUGUCUAGACCUGCCUUCCGGCUUUUAAAUGUAGAUCCUGACCAUAAGCAGGAGAAGAUGGGAGAAAGGCAAAACACAGGCAGCCACUUGAAGCUCCUACACGACUUUGAAGAGUGGCUACGAGGAGAAAACACUGAACUGACCAAAAUUCUUGCUGGGACUCCAUCUUCUACAGAGGAAAUUAAGGCACACGAGAGCAAACUUGAGGAGCUGCGAUCUCGUGUGCCUGAUGGUCAGCGUCAAUUUGAGGAUCUUCUUCAUCUUCAUUCUGUCGUUGGAAAUUCUGAAGAUCUGGAGGACCUGCGUUACCGAUGGAUGCUCUACAAAUCUCAACUGAAAGAGUCCAUGAGUUUGCCGAUUCCUGGAUCUCGGGAAGAACCAGACAGAUUCAGAAAGAAGCGCUCUGGAGGUGUGUGCUCAUACCUGCAUCGAGUGUGCUGGGCAGCACUACCAUUGCAACUCCUCCUCUUGCUCCUCCUGCUCCUGGCCUUCCUCCUGCCACUGGCAGAAGAGACCCACAGCUGCACACUGGCCAACAACUUUGCUCGGUCCUUCAAGCUGAUGCUGAGAUACGAGGGCCCACCCCCAACCUAACUUCUUGGCGUGACACGAGGUGACUGACAGAAAUACAGACUCUUUGUUUUUAACAAUUGCAACUAUCGUAGAUUUUAGGGCUUCUAACAAGGCCGUCAUAUCAGCUGGAUAGGUCACAUAGGUGCAACAUAAGAUUAGUCCAAUUUAAUAAGGUAUUUGAGCAAAAUUAAUAUUUUUACAAUAUUUUAUUAUAUUUAUAAUAUGUAUAUAGAGACUGUGUAUGUGUAUGUAUGUACAUAUAUGUAUAAAUGCAUAUCUGUGGUCAAACUAACACCCAUCAUCCAUUCAUCCACUGUUUUAAGGAUAUUCCUGCGAUGUUUCUGUUUCUGCCAUCUUUCAGCAAGCAAUACUGAAGGAUGGUUUUGUUGUGGGGUUUUAUGGGCAAUUUUUAAAAUUGGAUUCUUGUUAUUUACAACUGAAGUCAGAGCAAGUAUGGGAACAUGUGCAUGCAUCACAGCGCAAACUGGAGAGCAGGCACAGUAGAAUCAGGUUUGAAUUCAGUGGAUGACAUUCAGCCCAAGAAAGAUUUGGACUAUUCUAUUUGAAAUCUUGAGCUGCUUUUUCAGUAUCUGGAUACAGGGAGUUCAGAAGCUAAUGGAAAUAUCGCUACUGACUUCAGUUGGAGUGGGGGUGGACCUCCUCUUGUUUUAAUUUUUUUUCUUUUCCAAUUACUGUGUUCUCCAGCCCACCUGAAUCAGGAGAGGUAGAAUACAGUAGGAAGAAAGCUGAGAAAAAAGAAUAUAUUUUUUUAGCAUCUCUUUAGCAGGGGAACUUUUAAAAUCAGGUCAUCAUUUUCUGAACAAAUUUGUGAGCACUGAACAAAACCUCGUAUCAGCUAUCUUGCAUAUAAAAAGCAAUGGGUUUUUUUCUGUUGUUUGUGGGGUUUUGUGAUUUGGUUUGUUGAAGUUUUUUACUUUAUAAAGAGGCAUUUAAUAACGGAUCAUAAAGCCUGAACAGUGGGAUGCAGCCUGGCUCAAUGUUAGCAAAGCAAAAGUCAGAAGUACUUUAGUAAUACCACCCUGGAAACACGAUUCUUUCCUAGGAUGCUUUUAUAUGAAUGGUUUAUUGAAAUGAAGUAAACUGAUUGUAUCAAAGAGAGUCAAGUAUAAAUUUCCAUAUGGUCUAAACUCUAAAAUUAUGACAACUUGUCAUUUAUUUACAUAACCUUAUGCCUGAUUUAUCAAAUUUUUGAAUGUACCUUUUAAAAUGCCUUUUGAUGUAAAAGCAGUUCUUACUUUAUUAUGAUGAAGCCAUUCUUAGUGGUGUUUUAACUAGUUGAUUCCUGAAAGAAAAAGUAAUUUCUAAAAAUGUGUGCCAUUUUUGAGAACUAACCCUUAUUGUCUCAUGUUUUUAACCACAGUAGUAAUCAUGGAAAAAAAAAAUUUAACAGCCUCCUUGCUAUGUUACAGGAAGAACUUGUCUUCUGAGUAUCGGUAUGGGGUAUUCUGUGUUGUUUUCCAAGCAAGUUCCAAAAUAAUAUAAAAGCUGUUGUGCAGCUAAAUUAUGUAGUAGCUGAGAGACUGAAGGAGGAAGUCACUUAUUUAACAAAACCAUUAAAGUUUUACUAAAGAAGCAAACUUGGGUAAAAUAGGGAGCUGGAGCAGCAAGGAGCUCAUUAUAGGCACAGAAUGAGGGAGAACAGGCAAUGUGAAAGAGGAGCUGCUAAACAUAGAGAAGAGAGGUGUGCAACAAUUUAUAAAGCCUAAGAAAAGGAGUCACAAUUAACACAGAGGACAAAAAUAAAGGCUCUGUGGAGGAAAAAUCUCAGAAUCUUUUUUGGUUCCCUCUGCCUGCUACGGUAUUGAUACUGUUGCAUAUUAAACAGCUUUUCUUCGGUAGGAUUUAAAAUGGGGCAAGUAACAGGGACAUUACCAGUGUUCUGAGGAGACUCUUCCACCACCAGGACCCUGUCACUGUUCCUAAUAAUGCCUCUGACUACACUGGGUUUACUAAUGUUGGAUUAAAAUGCCAAAAUUCUGCUAAAAAUGUAAAGGAGAGUGGAAGUUAAAGGAGAUGGAGAAGGUAAUCAGUCAGAGCACAAGAACAGAAUGAGGAGGAGCUGAACUGAUGUGGAUUAAAACCUGACUGUCAGGAGAUAUCAGAAGAGCUCUCAGAGCAGGCAGAGGGGGGCUGGAAGCAGAAAGAUGAGGAGAGUGGAUGUCUGCUGAGCAAUAAGACAUUCACAUCGGGAAGUAAAGGAGGGCCUAUGAUUUCUUUCAUGAUGGAGCCAGGUGUAGAAGAGCUGUAAUUUGUCAGAGAAUGGGGCAAAUUAAUUCUUUCUUUGCAACUGUUCUUUCUGGUGGCAGAAGACAUACCUCUUCCUCUCCUCUGAUUAUCUGUGCAAGUGCCAUGAACCAUUCCUCUAAAAACUGCUGUCAGCCCUGAAGGAAGAAACCCUUGUGGCUGCCCAGCAAGAGGCUAAUCAUGAUACACAUCUCCAUUUCAAAUUAAAUCCUCCAGCAGAAAAGAAGUGUAGGGGAAGAGGGGCAGUAACAAAACCAGCUCUGUGUGGUUGUGGAUACGUGUAGGUGUGCACACACUUUUUUGUGACGUGGCUACAUUGCACUUCUCUGGGUCUUGCUGAGCUGUUCCAGGUGAUGAAAGCAAAAUACCAGUGAGAAAGUAAAAAUAAUGAGGAGUAAUAAAGCUGCAAGUGGAAAUCAGUAGGGAGAUAGAAAAGUUUUUUCUAUGAAAGCACAAAAUCUCGCAUCAGGUUUCUUUCUGCCCAGCCUUUCUGAUCUGGGUGAUUUGUAUGGGUUCACAAAUGCAUUUGACACCACAGGAGUGUGCAACUGGGGGGAAAAAUUUCCACACAGAGGAUCGUAAGAGAACAACUGCAUCACCACCUUGAUGUUUCAAUGUUGUGACAGGUUAAAAAAAAACCAAAAAACAAAAGUAAAUUAGAAACACACUUUUGCUGCUGGGAUUGCAAUCAAUUUAUUCUGUAGGUCCCCUGUCUGUAAUCUUGGAAAUUUUUGCUUUAAAUCUCAGUCGAUCCAUUCUCAUUAAAUUAAGUAAUCUAAAUAUCUCACAUAAGUGAUGAAUAUUUCUACUUCUUUGCCAUGAAAACUAUCCAAAGCACAGGACUUUAAUGUUCAUGUCACUGAAAACAAUUUAAUUCUUCCGUAAUGUCAUUGACCUUACCUGUCCAAGGCAGGUGUGAGAUUUUUCUAAGAAAGAAGUAAAAAA